AUGGUUCUAUUCAAGUCUCCUCACCCGGACGUGGAAAUCCCCACCGACAUAACAACUUGGGAAUGGAUGUUCGAACCGGGUAAAUACUCGCCACUAUACCGAACAGAAGCGAGAAACCAGCCUGUGGCGGGAUACGUCAAUGCCGUCACCAAGGAGCGACUCGACUGGAAUCAAGUGAAAGUCAAAGCGACGCAAUUGAGUACGGUUUGGAUCAGGGAAUAUGGAUUACAGCCUGGAGAGACGGUGUCGUUGUUCAGUACGAAUACGAUUUGGUAUCCGGUCGCGAUGUGGGCUGUUAUUAGAGCUGGAGCCAGAGUCAACGGCGCAUCACCCGCAUACAACGUCGAAGAAAUGACGCACGCGCUAAAGACGGCCAAAUCGAAGCUGCUGGUGACGUUGCCGUCGUCGCUGGACGUGGCGCUUGCGGCGGCGCAGAACGUCGGUAUCCCGCGGUCGCAUAUUUUCUUGCUUGAAGGCAAUGCGGCGGGGUUCACUAGUAUACAGCAGCUUAUGGACCGGUGUGUGACAAAGAGAUACGAACCUGAUCAGCCGUAUCGGAUUCCGAGGGGAAAGACGAAUAAGGAGGUUUGUGGGUAUCUCAACUUUAGUAGUGGGACGACGGGGUUGCCGAAAGCUGUCAUGCUCUCGCAUCAAAACAUCAUCGCUCAAUGUCACCAGCUCCAGCAGCUUCAGGCGCCAGGGCCUUAUAAGGUGCUGGCAGUCAUGCCGUUGUUUCACAUCACCGGUCUCGUCCGAUUCUGCACAUACCCCGUAUUAAUGAACGGUGACAGCGUGAUGCUGCCCUCCUUCACCAUGGAAUCGAUGCUCCAAGCGAUCUGCGAGUUCCAGAUCAAAGAAUUGAUUCUGGUCCCACCGAUCCUGAUCCGACUGGUGCGCGACAAGAUAGUGGACAACUACGACCUACGACACGUGGAGCGCUGGUCGUCCGGAUCGGCACCGAUCUCGCCGAAGAUCAUUGCCCUGCUUCGAAAGAAGUUCCCCUGGACAGGGUUCCGGCAGGGCUAUGGGGCUACCGAGUCAACGGCGUGUAUCACGGCACACCCGCCGACGCAUUUCGACUAUAAGUACGCCAGCACAGGAGGCAAACUGGUUGCCAACACCGUAGCCAAGGUCAUCGACUUGAACACCGGAGAAGAAUUGGGCGUCAACCAGACCGGCGAGAUCCUCGCGCGCGGCCCGCAGAUCGCAAUGGGGUAUCUGGACAACCCGGCCGCGACGGCCGAAACAUUUGAUUCCGACGGCUUCCUGCAUACGGGUGAUGUGGGCCAUUUCGACGAGGAAGGCCUGAUACAUAUCGAGGACCGGAUCAAGGAAAUGAUCAAGGUCAAGGGCCAGCAGGUUGCACCGGCGGAGCUCGAGGAUUUGUUGUUGGGACACCCGGACGUCGAGGACUGUGCUGUCCUCGGAGUUCAGGAUGAUUAUGCUGGUGAGAGGCCAAAGGCGUAUGUGGUCUUACGAAGGGGUGUUGCCCAGACACAAGAGACUGGCAAGCGGCUUUUGGCGUUCGUCAAGGAGAGGAAGGUCAGGUAUAAGUGGAUCGUUGAGAUUGAGUUUACUGACCAGGUGCCCAAGAGUCCGACGGGCAAGUUGCUCAGGAGAGUUUUGAAACUAAAAGAUAAGGAGGGGAAAGAUAGAGGUGUGAGGGUUAAAGAUGACACGGAGAGGGCGAGGUUGUGA